AGAGGUUUGUACUCAAUCUUUAGGUUAAUAGUUGACAGGUUAUUUUCAUAGACUUACUGCUUUCUGUCCAUUUCAACAUAUAAACUUUAAAAAGUUGAUAUUGGAUCUUAUGAGGAGUUUUAGGUUUUAACUUUACUCUCCUCAUUAAAUCUAUUUUUAAAAUCAUAGUUAACUAAGCAUUCGAGUUUGAAAAGAUGUUUGGGUACAGAAAAACUCUUCUUUUAUGCUAAUUCCUUCUGAAGAAAAAAUUAAAUACCUAAAAUCUUGUUUUCUAAAUGGCCUGGUGUCUUGGGAUGGGGGUGGCUUUUGUUUUGAAGAACCAGCCUGUGGCUUCUUGCAAGGAAGACACUUUUGCUGUGGAAGAAACUGCUACUAUUUUUCUGAAAAAGAAGAAACAUGGGAGGAGAGCAGGAAUUUAUGCUGGAACAUGGAUUCUAGCCUUGUGAAGAUUGAUGACAUCCAGGAACUGAAUUUCAUUCAAUCACACAUCAAAUACACUUACUGGAUUGGAUUAUACCAAAAAGAAGAUAAAAAUGAGUGGAAGUGGCGGGACAACACGAAACUUGCUCAACAACUGACUUUCCGUCAAUCAAAUAAAGUGGGUGAAAAAUGUGGAUGCCUGAAGCCACAAUACAUUAAUAAUGCUGAUUGUUCAAGAUCUUUUCCUUACAUAUGUGAGAAGAAUAAGCCCUUCUUCAAUAAUUAGUACAACCUUUAUGGAAAGCAGUAUGGAGAUUCCUCAAAGACUGAAAAUAUAUCUACAACAUGACUCAGCCAUCCUUCCUCUAGGAAUAUAUCCUGCAGUAACAAAGUCCACAAGGAAAGCGAUUCCUGGACUCCCAUGUUUACAGCAACCUAAUGUUUAACAGCAAAUAUAUGGAAUAAACCUAUAUAUCCAUAAACUGAUUACUGUAUGAAGAAUAUGUGUGUGAUGAAAUAUUACUUAGCCACUAAAAAGAAUGAAAUCCUAAUGUUUGCAACAAAAUGAAUGCAACUAUAGAUCAUUAUGCUAAGUGGAAUAAGCCAGACAAGGAAAGACAAAUAUCAAAAGUUCUCUCAUAUUUGGAUAAUAAUAUAUAAUGUAUUAAAAUGAUAUGAAUUUCUUAUUGUUUACUAUAUGCAUAGGUAGAAGUGUUCUCUUCACUGAAUUGUAUCAUAUAUAUAACAAUUCACCUUCC